AUGCUUUUCUCAUCGCUCAUAUGGAGUAGUUUAUAUUUUGCUUCAUUUGGUGGCUCCGCUCAUGCUUUGGCCGCAGCCAAGUACCAUGAGCCCAGCCAUACUUCGGCAAACUCUCUCAACGCUCUUGCUGGCUUUAUGCCUCAAAGUUCCCUUGUAGCUCCAACUGGUCAGCUCAAGCACGUUGUACUGGGCCUCGGGACUCAAAAUUACACAUGUGCCAAUGGCGGAGAGCUUGACGCACCCAGCACCACAGGCGCAACAGCCGUUCUUUACGACAUUGGUAGCAAGCUCAGUACCAACCUGCUAGCUGCAAAAUGGAAGCUUCCAGCGAUAUCUGCUCUUACCCUUCUCUUAAGCAUCCAUCCACAAGCGUUAGACAGCUAUUUAAAACUGGAAGGCUUUGACAGAGUGGUUGGGCACCACUUCUUUGGAAUUGCAAAUGGCACGAGCCUACCAAUCUUUGCCUUUGACCAGCUGUCUGAGCCGCCUUAUCCCAUUGCCCACGUUGAAAAAGUUGAGGAAACAGAUGCUCCUAGAUCAGCCUACCCCGGGCUGCAGCAGGAAGGGGCGGUUCCUUGGCUGCAUCUCACCGACGCCGGCUCUUCUGUGGGAGGUGUUGAUGCCGUAUAUCGCCUCGAGACAGCUGGUGGAAAGGGACCAGUGGAUUGCCAAGGUCUACAAGGCAGUUUUGAAGUCAAUUACGCUGCCCAGUGUGAGUCAAGUCCAAAAACGUUGGCCCGGCUGUAA